AUGGCAACGAAGUUGCGAACGAGGAACGUAAAGGAGGAUGAGGAUAAAUGGGGCAAAGAGGUAAAUGUACGCCCCUGUAAAUAUACAUGUAUCUGCGUCGGGGAGUGUGUGCUGCAGGCCGCCGCGGCGCUGCUGGAACUGAACAAGAAGGUCGCCAUUGCGCUGGACGGCUGCGGCAGUCAGAAGGAGGGGGACCACCGCACCGCCAUUCAGCUGCUGCAGUCGUGGUCGCGCGACGGGUGUUACGUCUCCACGUCGGAGUCUAUCCUGAUGCAGCUGCUGCAGGACGCGGGGGAUCCCUUGUUUAAGACCGUCGCGCCGAUCAUGAAGCAGAAGCAUCCAAAGCCUUUCUGA